AUGAGUCAUUUAAAUAAACGUUUGAAAACGAGCAACGAGCCAUUUUACUGUAACAAAUCGUCGACGAAUAUUUUAUCCUUGAACGAUGAUUGUUUGAUACACAUUUUCACAUUCUUACCUAUCUGUGACAAAAUCAGAAUUCAGAGAGUAUGCAAACGCUGGGAAGUUGUAAGUAGCCUGUCGUGGAGCAAAAUGAAAACUUUAGAUUUAAAAGAAAUUAAUUGGGGAUCUGGUUUACUUGGUGGAUUGGUAAUAACGAUUCCAAUUUUAAAAAAAGUGCUUCGGCUAUGUGGCAGAUUCCUUCUUAAUUUUUUAUUUUCAUGCGCAAGCAGAGAGAAUUAUGCGUCGUCGGCUUCUGUACGAUUCAUGGGCAGCAAAGCUCUGUUUACCAUAGUGAAAAGGUAUUGUCCACAAUUGACGUCCAUCGAUAUAACCGGAUUGGUGUCGACUCGAGAGGGCAUAGAAUUUCUCGCGAAAAAUUACAAAAACGUCACGAAUCUGGCCAUCGGUUACUGCCGAGAAAAUUGCGAGGCGGCCUUCUCGCUGCUGUUCGAGAACGCCCAACAAUUGAAGUCGCUGAGAAUGAAAAACGUGCAGAUCUCCGGCUCGUGUUUCCUCAACUUGCCCACGAACAUCGUGGAGGAAUUGAAUCUGGAAAAUCUCUACGUCACGUCGCCCGUUGACUUUUGUCAGGCGUUCGAAAAGCUCGAGUCUCUGAGAACAGUCAUUCUCAGGCGCGACGUCAUACUUCCAAAGUAUCUCAAUCAGAUACUGGUAUCGAUGACGCAAAAAUCCCAACUCAAGAGUCUGAUAUUCGACAAUUACAUGAUGCUCGCCAAUCCGAAUUACUCGUUCGUCGGCAACUUGAGCUCGAUCGAGACGCUCGAGUUUCGCGCGCCCAACAUGCUGAACGAUCACUUCUUGAAGCUCGUCGCCUGCCACUGCAAAAAUUUGAAACGGGCCGUUUUUGCAGAUUCUUCCGAGGUGAGCGACUUGGGCUUCGGUAAAAUCACGAGCUUGCCGAAACUCGAGUAUCUGGAAGUGCGAGGAAUGAGAAACAUCACGGACUCGACGUUUCACAACAUGCAAAGCGUUCAGAGCUUCAAGUGCGUGUCCUGCUGCGAACUGAAAAGUGCCGGUAUCGCGAGGCUCAUCGAGUCGUCGAGGAGCCUGGGCUUCCUGGAAAUUCGAAACUGUAGAAUGAUAAACGGCCAUGAGCUCAUCAGCAGCGCUGUAUCGGCAUUAAAGACGCGUAACAACGAUCACAUUUUGACCAUUUGUUUAGAAAAGAAGAUAAGCGAGCCGAGGGCUUACAGAGUCGCGGAUAACUUGCUCGUCAUCGAAGAAGUAAUGAGAGAAUAUUUGUCCAGCGAUUUCGACGUUUUCGCUCUCACUUGA